AUGUUCCGUCAACAACUCGCCCGCCAGGUCCGCCUCUUCAGCACCACCCCCGUUGCUCGCAAGGGCCCCGUAGAAGCUAUCAAGGAUGCUGCAAAGACAAUCGACAAGACUAUCUCUGGUGCCGCUGUAAAGGGUAUCGAGAAGGGCGAGGAAGUCGCCAACGCCGUCAAGGAAGCUACACCCAACACCACCGAAGAGGCCAAGGGCCAGGCGAGCCAGGUUGCGGGUGAGGCAAAGGGAAAGGCAGCGGAGGUUACGGGUCAGGCCAAAGGGAAGGCGGCGGAGGUUAAGGGAGAGGUUAAGGGCAGGAUUUGA